AUGCUGGUUGCAUGCGGCAUGCAGCGAUGCCACCAGGAAGCGCUGAAGAAGAACCGUGUGACUCUGGCAAAAGAGCUAGUUUUAAAAGAGUUGAUGGAGCAUAUGAUAGAGAAGGACAUCAUCACCAUGGAGAUGAUGGAAAUGAUACAGGCCAAGUCUGGAAGCUUCAGCCAGAAUACAGAAUUCCUCAAUUUGCUGCCCAAGAGAGGCCCCAACGCCUUCGCAGCCUUCUGUGAAGCUCUGCGAGAAACCAAACAGCAACAUCUGGAGGCAGUGAUCCUGAGGACGUUAUCCAGCCUGAGCCAUGGGAUUGUAAGGAUUGAACACUGUUAUGGAUCAGACCUUCCCUUCCCUGCCAGUGAGUCGUGCCAUUCGAAGAGGCCGCGCUGGAUCGAACAACUGGAAUGUUCCUUGAAUGAUGGAGGUGAUCCCUCAGUUCCUCCAGUGAAACACUGCACUCCUGAAUUUUAUAAGGAUCAUCAGCACUUGGCAUACAAGCUGGUAUCAGAGCCUCGAGGCCUGGCACUUAUCAUCAGCAAUGUGCACUUCAGCAGUGAGAAGGAGCUGGAGUACCGUGCAGGGGGGGAUGUGGACUGUACUUCCCUGCAGGUGCUUUUCAAGCAUCUUGGCUAUCAAGUGACAGUCUGUCGUGAUCAGACUGCACAGGAGAUGCAGAACACAUUGGAGAAUUUCUCUAAGCUGCCAGAUCAUCAGGGCGUGGAUUCCUGCAUUGUAGCUUUACUCUCCCAUGGUGUGGAGGGGGCUGUUUAUGGCAGUGAUGGUAAACUGCUGCAGCUGCAGGAGGCUUUCCGGCUCUUUGACAAUGCAAACUGUCCAAAUCUGCAGAAUAAGCCCAAAAUGUUCUUCAUCCAGGCCUGUCGGGGAGAUGAGACAGACCGGGGAGUGGAUCAGAGGGACGGAAAGGAGUGGUCCAGUUGCCCAGGCUGCGAGCAGGCUGAUGCCAACAGGGAAGAGAACCCCAAGCUGCGGCUGCCCACAUGCUCUGACAUGAUUUGUGGAUAUGCUUGUCUGAAAGGCACAGCUGCCAUGCGGAACACGAAGCGUGGGUCCUGGUAUGUGGAGGCGCUCACGGCUGUGUUUGCAGAGGACUCUCGAGACACUCAUGUGGCUGACAUGUUGGUAAAGGUGAAUCGGCAGAUCAAGCACCGGGAAGGUUAUGCCCCAGGCACAGAAUUUCACCGCUGCAAGGAAAUGUCAGAAUAUUGCAGCACACUCUGCCAGGACCUUUACCUGUUUCCUGGCUAUGUGCCAGGGAAAUAG